AGUUGAUAAAUUCUCCAUCGUUAUCAACUGUCAGUGUUUUGUUUGUUCUGUUUCGGGUUUUUGCGUUUUUUGCUUGGAAAAUGCUCUGAAAUUCGUUAUAAUAUAUUUGAUUAAAUUAUCGAGGGCUAUAUAUAAUACUUGAGGCAAUAUGGCUCGCAGAGGAAAAGCAGUUAGCAAGUUUGGAUCAGAACGGAAAAUAAAAAAUUCUGCCAACAAUGAUCUGUAUGAUACCACCAAAAAAUUUGAUCCUGCCGUGAGGAGCAAUAAAAUGAAUGGUGCUAUGCCGGUGAAAUCCUUGAGCAAUAAUAUUCAAGAGGUGAAAAAUAAAUAUCACUACUCUUCUCUGGAAAAAAAGUUGGAAAAGCUAGCAUUAUAUUCUUUCUGCAAUACUCAAGAUUGUUCAUGCAAAGGAUGGAGACCUUCUGAAACUUAUAUGUUUAGGGAUGAAGAAGCAAAUAUGAAAUCUCCCUGUAAAGUUUGCUCACAUACUUUGGAAGAUCAUAUUUGUCAUCUAAAUAAGUGCUCUACUUCAGCUAUUAAUAACUUGCUCAGCGUUGUCAUUGAUUUGGAGUGUAUAUAUACUAUGUUAGAGAGGAAAAAAGGAGACGACACUACUUUACAUGUUUACCAAGUAGUGUGCAAAAUUCUAAGAAAGAGUAUACAUCAGAGGGUUGAACCCAAAUUUGGUGGAAUUCUUGGUGAACCUCCAUUUGAUAUGAUCACAAUAGCAAUGGCAAUGCGAACAUUCAUUCUCUCUAAAUUUUCAAGUUUGAAAUCUGAAAAUGAUUUUCAAUUCAAGUAUAAGUGUGCUCAGAUUUUAUUGCAUUACUUUGACACGUUCAAAAUGUUAGAUGAGACAGGUUUUAAGGAUCAAUUUCCUGAUGGUAACAGUGAUGCUUACAAGUUUGAAUAUGCUAGAUGGAUGUGCUACUGUGUUCUCCCGAAAUAUUUUGAUAGUCUUCAAUAUUGCAGUUUUGUGGAAGCUUUUGGCCUGUCAGUUUUGAGGCCCAUUUAUCCUUAUUUUAAGGAUAUUGUUAACAAAAAAAUAUCUUUAGAGAAAAUGGAAACCAAAAUUUUGGAAGAAGUAUCUGGAAUAUUUGAAAUGUUUUCAUCGGAGGUAGAAAAUGAAAACUCUCCAAUCUGGCUUACUACUGAUCCUCCUCUGAAAAAUCAUCUUGUGCCAUUGGAAAUGGUUCCUAAAACAUAUCAAUCCAUUUUUCGAGAACAAGUUGUCAAAGAUGUGGGGCCAGUAAAGAAAAAACUGGCAACAACUGCACCUUUUUUGGAUUGUGCCAUACCCUCAGCUGGGCCAGAUCUUCCAGAUGGUGUUCCUGAAGAUGUUGUCAUAGAAGCCAUGCAUAUUUUGAAAGACCCUGGUCAUAUGUAUGGUCCUCGUGAUAUAUGGGAUGAUUCUCCCCGUGAUUUAAAACCUCGAGAGCUCGAAAGAGAAGGAACUCUUGAAAUUCACAUUGUUGCUAAUUCUGUAACUCAUGAUAUAAGUGAAAAAUGCAAGAUAUAUCUUAUUGGACUACAAAAUCUGUUCUACCACCUUUUACCUCAGAUACCAAAAGAAUAUAUAGCUCGUUUUGUAUUUGAUACGAAGCAUAGAAACUUAGCAUUGGUAUGCAAAGAGGAUGUAAUUGGUGGCAUUUGUUUUCGGAUGUUUCCUGAACAAGACUUUUCAGAAAUUGUGUUUUGUGGUGUGUCCGUCAACAAGCAAGUCAGGGGUUAUGGUACACACAUGAUGAAUCACCUAAAGGAUUACCACAUAAAGCAUAAUGUUUUGCAUUUUUUGACCUACGCAGAUAAUUAUGCUGUAGAAUACUUCAAGAAACAAGGAUUCUCCAAAACUAUUACUCUAGAUAAAGAAAUGUACUCUUGUUACAUAAAAGAAUAUGAUGGUGCUGAACUCAUGGAAUGUAGACUUGAUCCUAAGAUAAAAUAUGUAGAUUUAUCUAAUGUUCUUAAAGUACAAAAGGAGAUAAUAAAAUUUCUCAUUCGAAAAGAAAGAGAUUCUGAUCCACUGGUACGACCUGGGAUUUGUUAUUUCGAUCAGGGAGUUCAACAAAUUCCUAUUGAAACUAUACCUGGAGUUAGUGGCUGUCUCAAAAAAGAAAGAAAACAUAAAAAGGAUAGUGGUCUUUUCCAACAAAUUUUGGAAACUAAACUUAGGAGAGUUUUCGAUCAAGUUUCAACUCAUACCUGUGCUUGGCCAUUUCAAACUCUUGUGAAAAAACUUGCUUUUCCAGAGUAUUAUGACGUUGUGAAAAAACCCAUUGACCUUCAAGCGAUUAAAGAAAAACUAGAGAGGCAUUUUUAUACAUCAGGAGCACGUUUCCACGAUGAUAUUACUUUGAUGUUUAAGAACUGCCGUGCUUACCAUCGAAAUGAAACAGCUAGCUAUAAGUGUUCCUGCGUCCUGGAAAAGUUUUAUUUAGAAAAAAUGAGGGAAUAUUGUUUACUAUCCUUGUGAAAAGGAACUCUUGAAGGAUUUUAUAUUGAAUGUGUAUUUCGUGUUAAAAAUGUUUUUUUAUGUAUAUUUUAUCCUUAUCAACCCCCUUCAUCUUGUAAGGAUUAUGUCUUAUGUUAAACUGGUGUACUUAUAUAUUUCAUUAUAUAUUUCUUUCAUUGUGCAAUUAAUGUGAAUAAAAUUCAUUUAUUAACUUUUAA